AAUGAAGAAUCAUUUAGAGUUCAAACAAUUCCAUAAGGCCAACUGAAAUGACCCGAUUAAGGCCAAAGUUGGAAAACUUUGACGAUGUUUUGCCGUAUGUCGGAGAUUAUGGAAGAUACCAGUGGUUAUUGUUAUUGUCAUUGUUACCUUAUAGUAUGACAUAUGCGUUCCUAUAUUUCUCACAAUUUUUUAUUACAAUUACCCCGACGGAAUAUUGGUGCAAAAUAGAUGAAUUAACAAAUUCGAACUUUACUCAAGAAGAGAAAAUUCAAAUAGCAAUUCCACUAACGAACGAGUAUUUUUAUUACGAUCAAUGUUAUUGGAAGGAUCUAGACUUCAAGGAAAUCCUGAAGAGCAGCAAAGAUCCACGUUCAUUAAAAUUCCAAACAAAUAGAACAGUGGAAUGUACUCAAUGGGAAUACAAUUUCAUAAAGAUUUCAUAUUCUAGCAUAGGAACUGAGCUAGAUUAGGUAUGCAACCGUGAAUAUCUCAUAUCAAUAGCAUAGGCCAUUUUUUUCUGCGGAUCUAUCGUUGGUGGCUUUCUAGUCGGUUGGAUUGCGAAUCACAAGAGUCGAAUCGCGUUGAUAUUCUGCAACAGUAUAGCCCUUCUCAGUUCCAUCGCCACUGCUAGCGCGAAUAGUUUUUGGUCAUUCGCCAUUUGCAGAUUCCUCACUGGACUCGCAUUUGAUAAUUGUAUCAAUAUUCCUUUGAUUAUCGGUAAGCGAUUUAAUUAGAUGAAAUGAUUCUUAAUCGAUAAGUUGAAGUUUUCAUUUUGUAAAAGAUAAUCU